AAAUUUAGUAUAUUUCAAAACAUGAGCUCCAUCGGCUUUGUGCGUACACGCAAGAGCAAACACGAGCUCUCCAUCGGCCUCAACCUCAACGCGACACGAUCGGGAUUUCAGGCUCACGGGGCCUUAUAAAAUUUAGAAUGCUUGACCUUGACCUCCACCGUCCACCUCCACCUCCACCACCUCUGUCCCGGGACUCCCCUCCCAUGCCGACUCACUCACCUCACCUCCUUUGUCUCCCCUCCGACCUCCCGUUACUGCCUGACACGUUCUUGGCGCUUUCGCUUCUCUUCCUCCCAUCCCAUGCCGUUCAGUUAAUUCCGUUGCCUUCUUGACAGUUUUUGUUUCUUGGAGCUUUUAUCCUCUGCCACAAGCAGCUCCAGCGGCCAAGAACGCUCCCCGGCGUGACGCGGAGCUGGCAACCGUUGUGGAUUUAAUCUUCCCUGGGCGCGUCGAGCUCGGCGGCGCCGGGGAAGGCGGUGACGCCAGGUGGUGGGCCUGCACCGGCGGCGCCCAGGACCAGGAGAUGACGACCGCGCGGCAGUGGUGGCGCCGCGCCGCCGCGGCCUUCAAGGACAGGAGGAGCCUGUACCUGACGCGCGUGGCGGCGCUGCGGCCACGGACGGCCGCCGCGGCGGCGGCGGCGCUGAGGAGCCCCGAGCUGGAGGCGGCGGUGAUCCGCGCCACCAGCCACGACGAGCGGUCCGUGGACCAGGGCAGCGCGGCGCGUGUCCUGGCGCUGGCGCGCGCGUCGCCUCCCGCGCUCAAGCCGCUCAUGUGGGCGCUGGCGCGCCGCGCCGGGCGGACCCGGUGCUGGGCCGUGGCGCUCAAGGCGCUCAUGCUCGCGCACGGCCUGCUCCUGCGGUCCGACGUCGCGCCGCGCGCCGCGCGCCUCGGCCGCGUCCCCUUCGACCUCGCCGACUUCCGCGACCGCUCGUCGUCGCCGUCCAAGUCGUCGGGGUUCUCCGCCUUCGUGCGCGCCUACUUCCGCUUCCUCGACACCCGCUCCCUCUUCGCCGCCCAGGAGCUAGACGACGACGACGACGCCGGUGGCUCCGACGGCGAGGACGCGCGGCUGGACCGCGUGACCAAGCAGCAGCACCUGCUGGACCUGCUCAUGCAAAUCCGGCCGUACGGGGACGGCAUGGAGAAAGGCCUCAUCCUGGAGGCCAUGGACUGCGUCGUCAUCGAGAUCUUCGAGGUCUACAGCCAGAUAUGCACGGGCAUUGCCCGGUUCCUCGUCGCCGUCCUCGGCUCGGCACCGACGACGCCGCGGCAACGGCCGGGAGAGACGCUGGCGGCGGCGAGGCGGCGGAGGGGAGUGCAGGGGAUGCGGGUGCUGAGGAAAGCCGCGGAGCAGAGCGCGCAGCUGUCGUCGUACUUCGACCUGUGCCGGGGACUGGGCGUGCUCAACGCCGCCGAGUUUCCGGCCGUGGAGCGCGUCCCGGACGAUGACAUCAGGGACCUCGAGAAGAUCAUCAUGAGCCACGUCGUCGAAGAAAGCGGCAAGGAGGAGGAGGAGGAGGAGAAAGAAACGAAGGCGUUGGUGGUCGCCGUGGAGGAAACCCGACCGGCGUCGGAGACAGUGGUGACAAAAGAGUGGGUGGUGUUCGACGACGACGACGACGACAAUGCCGCCGCCGGCGCCAGGCCGGGGCAUUUCGGUGGUUACGUGAAUCCGUUCGUGGCCGCGCCGUGGGACGCCGUAGCCGGUUGCAGAGACUUGUUGGUUUAGCGCGAGUUUGGUAUGGUAGCAGAGAUGGAAAUUGGAAUCCCGUCUGAUGCGUGGGAUUUGCAGCCAAAAAUCACUCAAAAUUUGUCGUCUAUCGAUUUAAUUAACCUACUACUUUGCACCAUGAGAACAUUGAGUGAAUCCUUGUAAAUAGAUAUGUUGUACGGCACUCGGGAGAUGAACGUGAAUUGUGAAUCAUUCCCUAA